AAUUAUCGUCGAUAUGUCCCGCAACCUUAAGGGGCUUUUACGCUUUGCCAUGGAAAAUUCAGAUGGGACUUCAGAAUCCAACGUUGAUCCAGAGAAAGCACAGUGGCUGAGGGAAGCAAUCGCAAAUACGUCUGUUGACUUGACCCAACAGUUGAAAGCAGAUAUCAAUGAGCUGACCCAGCUGAUUGAUGCGCCCAGUUCAAAUGAGUCAGAAAUGGAAGAAAUACUUCAGGACAUGAUAUCAUUGACGGAGGAUAUCAAUUUGGCUAAUGAUUUCUUCAAGCUUGGAGGUGCUUCACUUCUUCGUGCUUUAUUCUUCCAGGGACCGAGUUCCCUAAAACCUGGAGCAUAUGAACUUCUUGCCGCAGUGACUCAAAACAAUCCGGUUACCCAGGAAAUCUGUGCGAAUUCGAAUGUCCUCGAAGAGCUUAUGUCGCUCUUACCUAAAGAAAGGGAUCUACAACGUUUGAAGAAGUUAAUGUUGGCCAUCUCUUGCUUGACACGUGGCCACCCUCCAAGCGUCACUGCAUUUCAGCAGGCAAAUGGAUUUGAAAGAAUCCUCGAUGUUUUGGUUGAUUUGCUGCGUGAUGAGGCUAAAACGGAUACAGGCAUAAACCGGGUUUGCGAGAAAGGGGCUUUUCUGAUUUAUUCACUUCUACAAGAAGUACUGCCCUCCUCGAUGGACGUAGAAAAAGAAAGGCAACUCGCAUCCAAGUUGAUCCAGGUCGCCAUGAUGAUUCCAGACGCCCAAGAGCACAUAUUAGCGAGUUUGCUAUUGUUAUUUUCGGACUGUCCUUCUCUCGAUUCCGCAAUUGACACAGAGAAUCGCCCUAAAUUCGCAUCAAAACGUACGGAUGAGCUUCUGUCAAGGAAUGAAAUCGUUACAUUCGUCGAUUGGCUCAAAUUAUCUGAUGCCAAAGUUACUUCUUCAAAUGAUCCAGCACAUGCAGAACUUCGUACUUACGUCGGCGCUCUACUUCAUCUGCUGAGCAGCCGACCACUGUGAAACUAACUAUUCAUCACGGAACCCUGUAUAUACAACUUCUACUUUAAGGCUUCCUGAUACUCGAAAAGAUUUUAAACAACCAG